GGACGGCGAAAGACAUGUAACAGUCGUCAAAAGUCGUGUAAAGUCAGACAACCUGAUGCCAAAACGCAAGGCAACUGCAGCACAUGCCUUUAAGCUAUCUCCCCUUACCAAGCGUCCACGAUACUCUUCAGUUACGUCCGCAGAUUCUGUACAGACAAGACCUAGCGCAGACAAUGGUUCCAGUUAUCACCACACCAGCGAAUUCAUGGAGCUCGAUUCUGCCAACAGGCCACUCGGUUUGUCUAUCGAAAGGUUGGAAUCAGUUGAUCUUACGACAAGGAUGGAAUGCGAUAUAUUGCAAGAAAGAGAAAGUCACCUUGAAAAGGCUGUGGAGCUGCUGAGAGGAGAAUUUGAACAAAAGGCGAGAAAGAAAGAAGAGCUCAGGAUAGUGCAAAAGCAACAAAUUAGGUUUGUACAUUAUCUAUUUUACUACGAGUUUUGACCUACAAAAGCCUUUGGUCAACGUCGAAAGAUCCUGGAUACAGGACGUUGAAAUGUCUUUAUGCGAUACAUGCGCUCAAGGGUGACGUGGUACAAUAAUGGUGGACUGGAAUAGGAAUCAGGUCAUGGACACUGCAUAAC